AUGUGUCUCCCCUGCUCCCUCUCUCCUCUCCCCCGCUCUCUCUCUCCUCUCCCCUGCCCUCUCUCUCUCCUCUCCCCCGCUCUCUCUCUCCUCUCCCCCGCCCUCUCUCUCCUCUCCCCCGCCCUCUCUCUCCUCUCCCCCGCUCUCUCUCCUCUCCCCCGCUCUCUCUCCUCUCCCCCGCUCUCUCUCUCUUCUCCCCCGCCCUCUCUCCUCUCCCCCGCCCUCUCUCUCCUCUCCCCCGCUCUCUCUCCUCUCCCCCGCUCUCUCUCCUCUCCCCCGCCCUCUCUCUCCUCUCCCCCGCCCUCUCUCUCCUCUCCCCCGCUCUCUCUCUCCUCUCCCCCCCUCCCUCUCUCCUCUCUCCCCGCUCUCUCUCUCUCUCCCCCCGCUCUCUCUCUCUUCUCCCCUGCCCUCUCUCUCCUCUCCCCCGCCCUAUCUCUCCUCUCCCCCGCUCUCUCUCUCUUCUCCCCUGCCCUCUCUCUCCUCUCCCCCGCCCUCUCUCUCCUCUCCCCCGCCCUCUCUCUCCUCUCCCCUGCCCUCUCUCUCCUCUCCCCUGCUCCCUCUCUCUCUCCUCUCCCCUGCCCUCUCUCUCUCUCCUCUCCCCUGCCCUCUCUCUCUUCUCCCCCGCCCUCUCUCUCCUCUCCCCCGCCCUCUCUCUCCUCUCCCCCGCUCUCUCUCUCCUCUCCCCCGCUCUCUCUCUCCUCUCCCCUGCCCUCUCUCUCUCCUCUCCCCCGCUCUCUCUCUCCUCUCCCCCGCCCUCUCUCUCCUCUCCCCCGCUCUCUCUCUCCUCUCCCCUGCCCUCUCUCUCCUCUCCCCUGCCCUCUCUCUCUCCUCUCCCCCGCUCUCUCUCUCCUCUCCCCUGCUCUCUCUCUCUCCUCUCCCCCGCUCUCUCUCUCCUCUCCGCCGCUCUCUCUCUCCUCUCCCCCGCCCUCUCUCUCCUCUCCCCUGCCCUCUCUCUCUCCUCUCCCCCGCUCUCUCUCUCCUCUCCCCUGCCCUCUCUCUCUCCUCUCCCCCGCUCUCUCUCUCCUCUCCCCCGCCCUCUCUCUCCUCUCCCCUGCCCUCUCUCUCUCCUCUCCCCCGCCCUCUCUCUCCUCUCCCCCGCCCUCUCUCUCCUCUCCCCCGCCCUCUCUCUCCUCUCCCCCGCUCUCUCUCUCCUCUCCCCUGCUCCCUCUCCUCUCCCCCGCCCUCUCUCUCCUCUCCCCUGCCCUCUCUCUCCUCUCCCCUGCUCCCUCUCUCUCUCCUCUCCCCUGCCCUCUCUCUCUUCUCCCCCGCCCUCUCUCUCUUCUCCCCCGCCCUCUCUCUCUUCUCCCCCGCCCUCUCUCUCCUCUCCCCCGCCCUCUCUCUCCUCUCCCCCGCUCUCUCUCUCCUCUCCCCCGCCCUCUCUCUCCUCUCCCCUGCCCUCUCUCUCUCCUCUCCCCCGCUCCCUCUCUCCUCUCCCCCGCCCUCUCUCUCCUCUCCCCUGCCCUCUCUCCUCUCCCCUGCCCUCUCUCCUCUCCCCUGCCCUCUCUCUCUCUCCUCUCCCCUGCCCUCUCUCUCUCUUCUCCCCUGCCCUCUCUCUCCUCUCCCCUGCCCUCUCUCCUCUCCCCUGCCCUCUCUCUCCUCUCCCCUGCCCUCUCUCUCUCCUCUCCCCUGCCCUCUCUCUCCUUUCCCCUGCCCUCUCUCUCUCCUCUCCCCUGCCCUCUCUCUCUCCUCUCCCCUGCCCUCUCUCUCUCCUCUCCCCUGCCCUCUCUCUCCUCUCCCCCGCCCUCUCUCCUCUCCCCUGCCCUCUCUCCUCUCCCCUGCCCUCUCUCCUCUCCCCUGCCUUCUCUCUCUCUCCUCUCCCCUGCCCUCUCUCUCCUUUCCCCUGCCCUCUCUCUCUCCUCUCCCCUGCCCUCUCUCUCUCUUCUCCCCUGCCCUCUCUCUCCUCUCCCCCGCCCUCUCUCCUCUCCCCUGCCCUCUCUCCUCUCCCCUGCCCUCUCUCCUCUCCCCUGCCCUCUCUCCUCUCCCCUGCCCUCUCUCCUCUCCCCUGCCCUCUCUCCUCUCCCCUGCCUUCUCUCUCUCUCCUCUCCCCUGCCCUCUCUCUCUCUUCUCCCCUGCCCUCUCUCUCUCUUCUCCCCUGCCCUCUCUCUCCUCUCCCCUGCCCUCUCUCCUCUCCCCUGCCCUCUCUCUCCUCUCCCCUGCCCUCUCUCUCUCUUCUCCCCUGCCCUCUCUCCUCUCCCCUGCCCUCUCUCCUCUCCCCUGCCCUCUCUCUCCUCUCCCCUGCCCUCUCUCUCUCUCUUCUCCCUGCCCUCUCUCUCUCUUCUCCCCCGCCCUCUCUCUCCUCUCCCCUGCCCUCUUUCUCUCUCCUCUCCCCUGCCCUCUCUCUCUCUCCUCUCCCCUGCCCUCUCUCUCUCCUCUCCCCUGCCCUCUCUCCUCUCCCCUGCCCUCUCUCCUCUCCCCUGCCCUCUCUCUCCUCUCCCCCCCUGCCCUCUCUCUCUCUCCCCUGCCCUCUCUCUCUUCUCCCCUGCCCUCUCUCUCCUCUCCCCCGCCCUCUCUCUCUCCUCUCCCCUGCCCUCUCUCCUCUCCCCUGCCCUCUCUCUCUCUCCUCUCCCCUGCCCUCUCUCUCUUCUCCCCUGCCCUCUCUCUCCUCUCCCCUGCCCUCUCUCUCCUCUCCCCUGCCCUCUCUCUCCUCUCCCCUGCCCUCUCUCUCCUCUCCCCUGCCCUCUCUCUCUCCUCUCCCCUGCCCUCUCUCUCUCCUCUCCCCUGCCCUCUCUCUCCUCUCCCCUGCCCUCUCUCCUCUCCCCUGCCCUCUCUCUCUCUCCUCUCCCCUGCCCUCUCUCUCUCUUCUCCCCUGCCCUCUCUCUCCUCUCCCCUGCCCUCUCUCUCUCUCUUCUCCCCUGCCCUCUCUCUCCUCUCCCCUGCCCUCUCUCUCUCCUCUCCCCUGCCCUCUCUCUCUCUUCUCCCCUGCCCUCUCUCUCCUCUCCCCUGCCCUCUCUCCUCUCCCCUGCCCUCUCUCUCCCCUGCCCUCUCUCUCCCCUGCCCUCUCUCUCUCCUCUCCCCUGCCCUCUCUCUCUCCUCUCCCCUGCCCUCUCUCUCGCCUCUCCCCCGCCCUCUCUCUCUCCUCUCCCCCGCCCUCUCUCUCUCCUCUCCCCCGCCCUCUCUCUCUCCUCUCCCCUGCCCUCUCUCUCUCCUCUCCCCUGCCCUCUCUCUCUCCUCUCCCCUGCCCUCUCUCUCUCCUCUCCCCUGCCCUCUCUCUCUCCUCUCCCCUGCCCUCUCUCUCUCCUCUCCCCUGCCCUCUCUCUCUCCUCUCCCCUGCCCUCUCUCUCUCCUCUCCCCCCUCUCUCUUUUCCCCUGCCCUCUCUCUCUCCUCUCCCCUGCCCUCUCUCUCUCCUCUCCCCUGCCCUCUCUCUCUCCUCUCCCCUGCCCUCUCUCCUCUCCCCUGCCCUCUCUCUCCUCUCCCCUGCCCUCUCUCUCCCCUGCCCUCUCUCUCUCCUCUCCCCUGCCCUCUCUCUCUCCUCUCCCCUGCCCUCUCUCUCCCCUGCCCUCUCUCUCUCCUCUCCCCCGCCCUCUCUCUCUCCUCUCCCCCGCCCUCUCUCUCUCCUCUCCCCUGCCCUCUCUCUCUCCUCUCCCCUGCCCUCUCUCUCUCCUCUCCCCUGCCCUCUCUCUCUCCUCUCCCCUGCCCUCUCUCUCUUUUCCCCUGCCCUCUCUCUCAUCUCCCCCGCUCUCUCUCUCCUCUCCCCUGCCCUCUCUCUCAGCGCGGACGAGCCCCUCUGUGCACGUGCGUGA